AUGUACAAAAAAACCUGCAAGAAAUUCAAGAAGAAGAGCUUAAAAAUAAAAAAAGCUGAAGCCAUUCGACAAUCAAUUGCCGAAGACCAGUAUUUAGAAUCUGAUGAUGAUGGUGAAGUCGUCGAAACCAAUCCUUCAAAUGAAGUAAACAUACAAACUGAAGUGGAAGAAAUACCACAAGUAAAGUGUCUACCAGAAUCAAAAAAUGUUCCAGUUGACCCAAUCGUUUUGAUGGCUCAAGCGAUUUCACAGGUGUCUGCUACACAAUCCCAUUCUCGUAAAGAAGAGAAACUGCCAAAGUUCAAUGGUUGUUCAGAAGAUUGGCCACUAUUCAAAGCUGAGUUUGAUCGAUCAACUAAAGAGUACAAAGUUGACAAUUCAAUCAACAUUCGAAGAUUAAGAGAAGCUUUGAAAGGAGAUGCCUUGGAGACAGUUUCAUUCCUGCUACCAAACAUCGAUAAUGUAGAAAGCAUCAUGAAGACCCUAGAAGAUAGGUUUGGACAACCAAAGUUUGUGAUUGAAGGGUUAUUAACUAAAGCAAGAGCAGCCCCUUCUCUAUCAGUAACCAAACCUGAAGCAACAAUCAAAUUCGGAAUCGCCGUUCAAGCAUUAGUGGCAAGCAUCACGUCUUAUAAAAGUAGCCAGUAUCUAUAUUCCAUUGAAAUCCUGAGCACUCUGGUCAAGAAGAUGUCGAUAGAAAUGGAAACUGAGUGGUACACCUGGCUUCGACAAGACACCUCAAGAGAAGAGAAUCUGAAAUAUUUUUCACAAUGGAUUUCUAUAAAACAGUCUGUAGCGUAUCUUGUGUCAACUCUCACUACAGCUUCUGAAAAUACAAAUGACAAAGAUAGAAAGAAGAAGCAGACUAAUCUUGGAACAGUAUCAACGAACCUUAAGCCGGAUCGAAAAGAAUACUGUGUGUACUGCAAAAUUGAAAAUCAUCAUGUAAGUGACUGUCGAAAGUUUUCUGCACUACCAAUUAAGGAAGAAGACGAGUUUGUAAAGAAGAAUCGUAUGUGCUUUCGCUGUUUAAAGAAAAAUCACACAGUCAAAAACUGCAAAUUAAGAAUGACUUGUAAAGUUGAAGGAUGUAGAGGAAGGCAUCAUACAUUCCUACAUGAUAAUUCAAGAUUCGAUGAAGUUCAAGAAAAUGGUGAAGCUAUCCUUCAAGAUCAAUCAAAAUCUCAACCUCCUUCAGCUCCACCAGCUACUCAUAUGCACUGCCAUCAGGGAUCAGCAGUUACAGAUACAGACGAUGAAGUUGAAGAAACGUUAUUAUGGUAUGCCCCUGUUCAACUUAAAGGAACUAAUGGAACCACAAUUUCCGUCAUUGCUAUGUUUGAUACGGGAGCUCAAAAGACUCUCAUUCUGGAAAAAAAUGUGAAGAAACUUAAUAUAGAUGGUAAAUGGCGAGAUCUUUCACUUGGAUGGUUCAACGGACAAGAUAACACGGAUCCAUCAAUGACAACGAGAAUAGAGAUCUCAGGCGACUUUUCAAAUGCAAAGACUUACAUUUUGAAGUGUCAUACUGUUCCAGUAAUGAAUGCCUUCUCAGACCUAUUCUGCUGCAGAGCUAAAGAAGAAGUAUCCGUACUUACGAAGAGCACCUUUCCCAUCACUGAAGAAUGCAACCCCAUCACUGAUCAUUGGAAAUGA